GAAAGUAUAAUCUUCCCCCGUCUUUAUUUCCUUGCUUCUGUUAACCAAGGUGGUAUUCUCUACCCAAGGUGGUACAGUAGUGUAUUUUUGUUUUAUUCGCCAAACAAAAUUUUAAUUUACCACUGAAAAAAAAUCGAAAUAUUAUUAUUUCUUGGUUAUAAUGCCAAAAAACAAUACUCUCUUAUUUUACGAAACGAGGUAGAUGACGUAAUGACAUACACUUUACACGUGAUCCUUCCGCUGACCAUGAAUACCGGUUUGUCAUAAACAAAGGUAAAAAAGAAUGUUCUAGGUUGCUCUGGAAUUUUUUAUAAGGGAAAGAGUCAGUUCGUUGUGCAUAUCAAUUUAUAUCCUGGACUGAGUAAAUUGAAACUUGAAAAUUCGCUUGGAAUAGUAUUGCGAUUAGUAUUGGAGUAGUUUUUGAACCACCAUCAUAUAAAAUGGCAGAUGGAAAUGACACAAAAACAAAUGGGCCUGCAGUGACUGAAGAUCUGUCGUCUAUAAUUGGGAACAUGGUCUUGGCUCAUGAGAUGAUUAUUAACGAUGAUUUUAAGUUGAAAGGAUUUCAAGAUAACACGUUGGAGAAAGCAGUGAAGGACCUUGUUCACAAGGCAUUCUGGGAUAUUUUAGAAGAGCAGAUCUCCCAAGAUCCUCCGAAAUAUGAACGCGCGUUAUUGUUGUUGGAAGAGAUAAAAGAGAUCUUGUUAUCCCUCAUGCCUCAACAUGCAUCAGGCCUAAAGGAAAAGGUUGAAGAAGUUUUGGACCUAGAGUUGAUCAACCAGGAAGUUAAUCACGGAUGCUUUGAUUUGGAAGAGUGUGCGAAAUUCAUCAUUAUUGUAAUGGGGAAAUUGUGUGCGCCUCAAAGGGACGAUGAAUUGAAUAAAUUAAAAGAGACGAAAGGCAUUGUUUCGACGCUAAGUGGUAUCUUGAAAUUCCUUGACAUGAUGAAACUCGACAUGGCAAAUUUCCAGCUCCAGAAAUUGAGACCCUACCUUAUUCAGCAAGCUGUUGACUACGAGCGAGGGAAAUUUCAACAGUUUCUUAUCUCGAACCCAGAUGGAACAGCAGCAACAAAAUGUUGGCUACAGCAAGCUGUGGAUGAAGUCAGAGGAUUGAUAACGAAAUCAACAUCAGUCCAAAGCGAAACCAAACAAGACCAGCCAGUUAGGCCUAGGCCUAAAGUUUCCAAUUAUUUGGUUCUUACACACGCGUAUUUAAAACUGCUUGAGUGGAAAGAUGAAAUUUUAUACCCCGAGACCCUGUUAAUGGACGAGCUGCGUUUGGCUGAGAUGGGUCACAUGUUCAGUAGGCUUUGUCUGAUUGGCUCAGUGAUGGUGAUAUCAUCGAAUGUUAUUGGUCAGCACCUAGCAACGGACGCUGCGUUUGUUAAGAAAUUGAAAGACCAGUUGUUUAUUUUGCUCGACGGCGUACCAAACAGUAAGUUGCCAGACUUGGUUCCAAAUCUUUACGAGCAAGUAGCGGCCUCAGCCAAGCAAGCCUGUGAGACAAAGGGCACCUCAAUACUUACCGAGGAACAGGAAUUAAACCUUAAACGCCAAAUAUCAGGCCUUUUGAACGAGAAAAACACUGUGCAUCAGUUAAUCAAGUCGAGGAUUCGGGACUAUGUUUUACUGUGCAUGACGUCAGAACGAACUCCUCGUCACAAUGAAGCACCAUUGGCUCUAGUUAACGUGAAAGAUGAAUUGAAAAUUUUGGCAGGUAGAUUUUCAAGGCUUAUUUCUCACAACAGGAACGUUUUUUGUCCAAUAUAUGACGAUAUCAUCAAGAGCAUAUUGGAAGAACCUGAUGAAGAAAAAUGCCCAGAACUUGAUGACUCGAAGACACACAACAGUGAAAGUACGAUGAGGGAAGAUACUGCUUGAAAAGCUCUUUUCUGAUAAGUUUUGAAUCAAAAUGUAUUCUCGAGCUGAAAUAUGUAUGAGUGUUUGUAUAUAGAGUUUAGUGUAAUGUAAAAAAUGGUAUGAUACAUAAUGGGCGGUAUGUAUUAUAUCAGAUUAAAUACAGAAGAGAUUGACUAUGAAACAACAAAAACAAUGCAUGUAGAUUUUUAUCAAACUUUUGCUUGUAGAAUUUUUAUUGAUAUUUGACCUUUCUAUUAUUUAUCUUGAAACCCAGAAACUUUGACGAAAUAGCGAUACAAGUUUCCUCUACUUCCGGCACUCUUCGGGGUCAUGUACUUAGAAUUGUAGAAACUGAUUAUUCUUAAGUUUCAGAAACUUUGAUAUUACCUACCUAAGCGGAGGCUCGACUAUUUGACCUGCUCCGUUACGAUCUUAGUCUCAGACAUGAGAAAUUUCCGGCAGGUCUGAAACUCAGAUCCGUGGUCUGAGGCAAAUGAGACUCGUGUCGACCUGAAUUCGUUUCGGUUGUUCAGAUCGGUCUAAAAUUUCAGAUCGACUUGAAAUCCGCAUGUAAAACACCACCUUUGAAAAACUGUUUUUAAAAGUAAUCGUUAUAAAAAGUAUAGCUUUAAAUAUGUAGUGACACAAUUUAAAGAAUGCCUAUCAUAGUGGAAUGCAAAGUUGGUUAUCAUAUAUUGGCAUAUAGGCCAAGAUUCUUAUUCAAAAGAGAAAGGCUUGGCUACAGAAUUUAGGUGCUACGAUCUAGCGAAUAUCGAAGCUUAACUUCUUCAAUGCAAAAGGCGGUACUUUAUAAUUACGCAUACCUAAAUGUAUGUAUAUAGCAUAGAGUUGGAGAAAAUAAAACUACAUGUUUUAUCUCUACAAGCCUGUUUCGUGAAUAACUCACUCUUCAGGAAAUGUUUUCUAUAUCACGCUCUACGUGCAAAUGUAUUCAGCACUGUGCUACGGAAAUAUCAACAGACAAAUUUCUAAAUUUAUGUAUAUAAAUGUAGAGAAUUUAAGGUAUUACUAUAAGUUUUGUAACAGUAUUUUUUGCGUCAAUCAAUUGCUUCAUAGUUCAUGCAUGUAUGAUAAAGCUUUGAUGAAAA